AUCUCGCCAGCCAUGGCAGCAGCUGCGGCUGCCAGUAUGGGCUCAAAUAGUCUCUUGGCUGGACAGGCAGAGCAGGAUAAAAUCACUCUAAUUAUGCAGGUUCUUCAGCUGAGUGAAGAGCAAAUUGCUAUGCUACCUGAUGACCAGAGAAGGAGCAUUCGUAUACUCAAGGAGCAGGUUGGCAAAGCAGGAGCUAUCUGA